AUUUCAUCAAUUUUGAGUGAGUUAUCCUCUCUCAACUCGUUCCCUUUUCCUCUAAAUUUAAAAUAACGAAAAAAACGAUAUUGUCCAUUUCAAAUUCGGCCAUGUUCCCGCCCGCAAUGGCGUAGUAAAUAUUUCAUUGUGGCGAGCACGUGAAAUUUACUACCGACGUCGGGAGAGAAUGAUUUACAAGGUAGUUAAAAGCAGCAUCUAUGUUUCUUGUGAAUCGAAGGCGCACAAUGUUGGGUGAAAAUAAUAUAUAUGUAUAUAUAGAGAUAUUUAUCUAAUAUUAGAUCCGUGAUUACAUCUUAUGCUGGAAGGAAAGAAGUAGCAUUAACGAAAAUUCGAAAUUUUCAGGCUGAAACGAAGAGACGAAUCGAGUCGCUUUUAACUGCAAGGGCUGUGGUGAGGAAGCCGUCGAAGAAGAUGGAUAAAAAAUUUGAAAAACGAUCGGUUAAUUGGAAAAUAGACAAAAAUUCGUCAAAUUACACAAAUCGGGAUUCGAAUCUUUUUGAAAAUUCAUUUUUGCGAAACGUAAAGUCUGAUAAAAACAAUACCAAAAGUAACAAGACAGAAGUAGCGAGUGCGUCGAACGAUUAUCGGGUAAAACGUUCCUUGGAUUCCUUCGAAGAACAGAUUCCCUCGUCGAGGAGUUACAAGGAACAGCAAAAGAACCACGAAGGUAUUGUGAAUUUCGAAAGUACGACAAACAAACGCGUCGUGGAUCGUGCGAAAAAAUAUCUCACGAAUUCACCUUCAGGAGAGUUUGAUGACAAAAUUAAGAAAAACACGUUGAAUGAAACGAUUAAAGAUGCGUGGCAGAGCUCGAUGAAACGAGAAACUCGUAAAAAUUACAUCAAUAUACAGGAUCAUCAGAAAGAUAAGAUCAAUAACGCGACAUCCUUGGAUAUUUUAGAGUACGAUCCAAACAAAAUUCCAUACGUUGAGGUACCGGAUUACUCCGAUAUCAGGGAAGAAAGUUUGGACGAGAAGGAUCGUCAAACUGAUUUUAUCGGUCGACGAAUGUCAACGAAUUACGAAGAAAAUGCCUCGUCGAAAGGUUCAAGUUUGGUCAAAGAAAAUGAUCCAAACUUAAGAAAUUUUAACGAGAAUAAACGAGGAAGAUGGAACGAUUUCCAACACACUUUUUCUGGACGUUCGAAAAGCGACAAAUUCGAAGAUAAAGAAGAGGGGCUAUUAAACGAAGCGCGAAACAUCAAGGACGACUCGAAUAAUUCCAGCGUCGAUAAAGAAUCGGGGGAAGAUCCCCAAGAAAGUGAGGAGCCUCGGGGAGAUCCGGAGGAAACGCAGGAGGACACAGGAAGCGAAUCGGGUCCCAUAAUUUUCGACAUAAACGAAUACAGGAAGCCAUUCGAUCUAGACGAAUUUCUUAAGGACGAUCCGAUAAUGAAAAAGUUGAAGCUGCUCGAAAAGGAGACACGGACCAAGUACGGGCAGAACGGGAAACGAGUUUCAGCCGACUUUAACGAGCCCGAAAGUGAUAAUGCGUUCAGGCAGCGAGCGAGCGGCCAAAGGAAUUCACGAGAUACUUUCGAUGAUCCGUCGAAAUCCGGCGACGAUUCCACGUUUGUGGAGGGAAGGGAGGCCAAUAGAAAAGAGGGGAAAGCUUUGCCCGAAUAUUUCAGGGGAGAUGCGACUGGAAGCCUGGAAGAGGACGUUGAUGAAAGGAUACAAGAAUACAAAAACUUAUAUAAAUCUCCAAGAGCGGACAUGGAAGCGCAAGAAAGGAGGAAAUAGCGGCGUAUCGAUCGAAAUCUCAACGAGAUGAUGGCGCUAGACACGGAGCAAGAUGUUGCGUUAAUCGUGAAAUCUAAUCUUCGUCACGCCUGUGUUAAAUAUCGCGGGAAUAAAAGGAGGAAUAAAUUAGAAUAAAAUUGAUUUGAUCA